AUGGCAUCAAAUAUUGGGAUGAUGGAUAGUGCAUACUUUGUGGGGAGGAAUGAGAUUCUUACAUGGAUCAAUGCAAGGCUUCAGCUUAGUCUCUCUCGUGUUGAAGAGGCUGCAUCUGGUGCUGUGCAAUGUCAGAUGAUGGACAUGACCCAUCCUGGAGUUGUUCCGAUCCAUAAAGUUAACUUUGAUGCUAAGACGGAAUAUGAUAUGAUCCAGAACUACAAAGUACUGCAGGAUGUUUUUAACAAACUUAAAAUUAACAAGCAUGUUGAAGUCAAUAGACUUGUUAAGGGAAGGCCAUUGGACAACUUGGAAUUUUUGCAAUGGCUGAAACGCUAUUGUGAUUCGGUGAAUGGUGGCAUUAUGAAUGAGAAUUACAAUCCUGUGGAGCGUAGAUGUAAAGGUGGAAAGGAACGGAAUAUCAAAGGUUCUCAGAAGAUUUCCAAGUCGUUGCAAACAAACAGCUCUUUUAAUUCUGGCUCGGGUGACGGACUUGGCAAUAAUAAGAUAUCUGGUAUAAAACAAGGGAAGUCGACUUCUGUGGCUGGCAGUUUCAAUUCUUCAGUGGAGAUUCAGGCAUUGACAAAGGAGAUGACAAAUCUCAAGCUCUCUGUUGACCUCUUGGAAAAGGAAAGAGAUUUUUACUUUGCAAAAUUACGAGAUAUAGAAAUCCUUUGUCAGACACCUGAGUUGGAAAAUCUUCCGAUGGCCGUGGCUGUUAAGAAGAUAUUAUAUGCUGCAGACGAGAAAGAGUCUGUACUUGCAGAGGCUCAAGAAAUCGUAGGUCAAUCAGUGGACAUGGGAGAAGCUGAAUAUUCCGACGAUGAGCAAUGA